AUGCACGACUCCAUGGGUGAUUAUUGGAUCCAGGCUUCUGUAAUAGCUGCUCUACAAGAAGCUACAGAGGUCUAUCUUGUACACUUGUUUGAAGACACAAAUCUGGUAGCUAUCUAUGCCAAUCGGGUCACUAUCAUGCCAAAGGAUAUGCAACUGGCUCGCCGUCUACAUAGAGAGACAAAGUGA